ACGGUUCGCAUUUCAUGGGAAGCCGAGCGCGACAAUCAUAUCCGAGCGACGUCUUGUAGUUCGAAGAGACCCUUGAGAUGGUUGUUAGUGUAGAUUAUGGAUGCAACGCGAGAAGGCGCGGCCAUCGCUAGCGUGCCAAGAUUCCGAAGCGGUGAACAGUGGCAGAAAUAAUUCUAGGAUUGGGGCAUGCGCGACCAAGAACGUUUUGCGCAAAGAACCUCAGCGCAUACACCCAGAGACCUCUGCCGUCACAAGACUAAUUGAUAGGGAGACACAUAACCUAUCUCCAGAGAAAGGAUCGCCGCUCCUUCUAAACAGAACAUGGCUAUGGAACGCGGGCCUAAGCCCAGCACUUCGCAACCGCGGCGCAAGUCGCAAAACGCAGCGCCCAUCGACGACGAAGACACCCGUGCAGUCAAAGAAUUCACCGAGGCAGCCACGAAGCAGUAUGGACGCGGCGAUCGCAUACGGCCAAAGUCAGUCAAGGACAAGAAGCUGCGAUCCAACAUCAAGUCGCUCGAGGCGAAGAACAAGCAGGCAGCGAUAGAGGCGAAGAAUGUCGAAGUUCUGCUCGAGAACAACCCUGGAUUGUUGGAACCCGAAAAUGAGCUGGAAAGGACAUACAAAGUGCGACAAGAUGAAAUCAAGCAGGAGGUUGGUGUCGAGACGGCAAAGAAGAGCUUCGAGCUGCGGUUAGAAGGUCUUGGGCCAUACGACGUAUGCGAAUACAGUCGCAAUGGUAGAGACUUAUUGAUUGCGGGCAGAAAAGGCCAUGUCGCAACUUUCGACUGGAGAGACGGAAAACUUGGCUGCGAACUACAACUCAACGAGACGGUACGAGACGCGCGAUGGCUACACACAAGUAAUCAGAAGAACUUUGCGGUAGCGCAGAAGAACUGUGUCUAUAUCUACUCGGGCGACGGUGUUGAGAUGCACAAGCUCAAGAACCAUUCCGAAGCCACACACCUCGAAUACCUGCCAUAUCACUUCCUUCUUGCAUCGGUGUCGACGGCAGGUAUAGUACGAUAUACCGAUGUUUCUACCGGACAGUCACUACAGCAGCUUUACACAAAGCUCGGCCCCUCAACCGCUCUCGCACAAAACCCACAUAACGCAAUCCUACAUGUCGGCCAUCAAAAAGGUCUCGUCACAUUGUGGUCGCCUAACAGCGCUACUCCCCUCGUCAAGCUCCUCCCACAUCGCGGCCCAGUACGAAGCAUCGCGGUAGACAGGUCAGGAACCUACAUGGUCAGCACAUCACAAGACCGACGCAUGUCCGUCUGGGACAUCCGCAUGUUCAAAGAAAUGCAUCAACAAACGCUCCGUGUCCCCGGUACCACGCUCUCUAUUUCCGACCGCAACCUCACAGCUGUCGGCUUCGGCACGCAAACCGCCAUCUACAAAGACGACCUCUUCCGACGAAACGCCGAAGACCAAACACCACCCAUAAUGCCGUACAUGGGCUGGGGCGGUGAAGGACUAAACAUUGGUCGCGUACGCUUCUGCCCCUUCGAAGACGUCCUCGGUAUAUCCCAUGACAAGGGCUUCUCCUCCAUCAUCGUCCCUGGUUCCGGUGAACCCAACCCUGAUACCCUCGAACCGGGCACCAACCCUUACGAAACCUCCAAGCAACGUCGCGAAACAGAAGUCCACGCUCUUCUCGAGAAGAUCCAACCCGAGAUGAUUGCGCUCGACCCCAACUUUGUCGGUAACCUUGAUUUGGCGACCAACGAGGAGCGGCAGAGGGAGAUCAGGGCGGCGAGAGGAGAGAAGGAACCGGGCAAGGUGGAUAUGCUGAAGAAGAGGGGUAAGGGUAGGAACUCGGCGCUCAGGAGAUACCUGAGGAAGAGCGGGACGAAGAAUGUGGUUGACGAGGAGAAGGAGAGGGCGAGAGAGGCGCUGAAGAAUAUGCAAAGGAGGCAGAUUGAGAGGAAGGAGAGAUUGAAGAAGGAGUAUGGUCCUGCGCUUGAGAGGUUUGCUAGGAAGUGAGCUCUAACAUGCUCGCUUGUUAAGAUACCAUACUGGCGUUGGGGGUGAAAAGCAUAUUUUUCAUCAGCAUUUCACGGCGUUUAUACUACUGAUCUGGUACCCCUUGGUAGUUGAUUGAGGCACUACGUUGAGAACGAACAAUAAAACUCCAUACCCAUUUU